AGCGCAACAUACCUCGCUAAGCCACUAAUCGAGCUUCGUAGGACACCCCACAACUUCUACGAGCCUGUGGAGUGGAGGAACUGUUGUGUUUCUUGCUUUGACCACACAUAGUAUUUCUCAACAAAUGUUGGCAAUGGCUUCUACAACCACUAACAUCAAGCAAGUGAUUUUCUACCCAGUUUUUGUUACUUGUGGACUGAUGUUGAUGCUGCUGUUUUUUCAUUCCGUUGACAAACUGUCAUCCACAGUCUGCCCAACUUACUUUACAAAGGCACCUAAUGUGACUGUGGCAAAGCCAGAGAAACCCAUUCUUUUGAUCUGGUUGUUGUGGCCGGCUUUCAAAUUUGACUUCGACAAAGACUGCAUGACCUAUUUCAACAUAGACAGCUGCGUUCUCACAGAUGAUCGCUCCUUGUACAGUGCUGCAGAUGGAGUUUUAUUCUAUCAUAAGGCCAUCGAUAGGAAGCUCAACAAUCUUCCUAAGGGUCCACGGCCAGCAUUUCAAAAGUGGAUCUGGUUCAAUAAUGAAUCUCCAACCAACACUGGCAGAAGAGCUGGAUGGGAUGGAUUGUUCAAUCUGACUUUGACCUUUAGACGAGACUUAGACAUUACUGCUCGCUAUGAACUGAGCAUUGUGAGAAGUCAGGAACAAUUUGUGCUUCCCCAGAAAAAACAAAUUGUUUGCUGGAUUUCAAGCAAUAACAUAGCGGGGACUGGUGCAUCAACCCGACUGAACUAUUACCAUGAAUUAAAGAAGCAUAUUGAUGUGAAAGUAUACGGUCGAGCUGUCUCAGGAGCAAGUUUUCUAAGGUAUGAAGACUAUUACUCUACCAUUGCUAGCUGCAAAUUUUACUUGGCCUUUGAGAACUCCAUUCAUGAGGACUACAUCACAGAAAAGUUAAAUGGACCAAUGGUCAGUGGGACUGUGCCAGUAGUUUUAGGCGCAUCCAGGGAGAACUACGAACAGUUUAUUCCUGCAGACUCAUUCAUCCACGUGAAUGACUUUCCUAACCCAAAAGCUUUGGCUGAAUACCUGCUUCAGUUGAAUCAAAACAAAGACAUGUAUAUGCGUUACUUUGCAUGGAGGAAAUACUUCAAAGCUACACCUCAUCUUUUAUCAACACGCAAUGAAUUUACACAGGCCUUCUGCGCUGCCUGUGACCAUAUUGGUAAAGACAACACCUAUAAUGUGGUCCAGGAUCUGUUCUGGUGGUACCAGAAAAAUAUUAGUGGGCACUCAUGGUAAUGCGAUGAUAAGAUCUCUAAGGCUGCAUUUACAGCAGCAGUUUUUGAGUAGGUGCAUAGAAAACCCAGGAUGAAGCUUUACAUUUUGUCUUUUAGUCUUUCAGAGUGCAAACCUCUCCAGCUUCAAUUUUACAUGACCUUAAUGACCUGAACCUGACCUGAAAAAGUUAGGAUUAGCUUAUAUAAGGUAGCCUUUAAAUCAUUAAAAUGUUUUUCAAUUUCUCCUUCUGGUGUGGGCUUUAGUUAGUUACCUCCACCAAGGAGGUUAUGUUUUCAUUGGGGACCAGCGUUUGUUUGUCUGUCUGUCUGUCUGUCUGUCUGUCUGUCUGUCUGUCUGUCUGUCUGUCUGUUUGUUCCAGGGAAGGUCAGAAAUGACCCAAGGAAGAAAUUAUUAAAUUUUGGGAGUGAUCCGUAUCACCGUCGGGAUUCCGGAGGCGUUUGUUUUCCGCUUAGCGUUGUAAUGGCAUGGUAUGGCCACGUGGUGGCCAUCUGAAUAGUUUAGGGUCAAAUGUAUGACAACCUAGGAAGAAUACAGGCGGAGGUCUGCGCUCUCUGAGUGCUUUUCUAGCUUAGUCUAGAUUAGUUUGAUCUCUGUGAAGACUCAUCAUCACACAUCAUUGGGAUUUCUUAUAGCUGGUCAGUGGUCACCUGUUCAUCUCUUUAGUUAUUGUUUUAAAAACUUAAUUAUAAAUCAGAAUGAGAGAGAAGCGAAUUCAUACCGUCACAUUUAGUCACAUUAUUGAGUGACCAAAUGGAAUAGGGUGAAUGUUCAUUUUAGCAUAUGACGUACUGUAUAUUAGCAAGUACACUGUACAAAAUGUCACUACCCCCGACCUCCUGCCUCGUGCCUAUGGUAAAGACAGUCAUGGAUAGCCUGUCCCACUGACCCAGAUGUCUCCUUUAUCAAAAUCAAACCAAAAUCCUACAGGAUUCCAAUAGCAACAAUCAAAAAUACCAAAAUCCCAAUCAACUCUACGCUGUAAGGCUCCUCUAACAUGACCACCCAGAAAUGUAACGGCAGGGGUUCGGGGAGGGGAUGCUACUUGGGUCGCUACUUUGGGGCCUAUUUCAGAGAUCCAGUUGCUUAUUUUUGCUCACGUGAUCUGGCAUCACUGAUGCUGACUACUCAUGUUUUCAUACAUAUUUACUUAAAUAAACCUAUUUUUGUUAACGCUUUA